GUGUUUAUUACUUUUCCACUUAGCCCAUAAGUUAUUUUGCGUUAACUCGCCCGUGUUUACGUGUGAUGUUGACCGGACCAUCAUGGUGGCCUUCUGUCUGGCGUACCAAUUCGACGCCUACGUGAUGACGCAACUACAGACUUUUCGGGUUUCUGAAAUCUCGCGCUCUUAAACCUUGUGCUACUAUUCUGUUCUGCACGUGUUGAUGGAUUAAAUGCUAAUUUGAGGUUAUUACGCCAAUUUUUGAGGUGUUUAGGCGAGAACUGGUUACGGUUGGUUUCCGCGAAUUGUAACUGAAACUGUUCUAAGCAUGUCAUGCUAAACAAGGCAGUGGUAAAAUGUGUCUGAAGAGCGAACCGGAGGUUACUGGCUAACGUUAGCCUCCGGACCAACAACAUGUCCAGACAUGUUGGCAGUGACACGAGAAGGAAAAUGACGACUGUUUUUAAUUCAGAUGCAAGAUAACACCGUACAAAUGGAUUUCCAGUUCCCACAGCAAUUGUUUCCAUUUUUUUAUAACUCUGGACCUCCAGAUAAAGUGGUGUUACAUAACGCUGGAACGUGGGGAGAAUAUGGGAGAGUCUCUCUUCAGGGCAACCCUGGUGCUCAGUCCAGUUGGAAGUUUCUGUCCAGGCAUCAGGUCAGCACACAGACCUGGUGUCACACCGAACCUGUUCCACUUCCGCUCCUGUCUCCUAAAAAAGCAUUUACGUGGCCAACAAAACUUCCAGAUCCUCUGGACUUUAGAGAACAGAUGGAGAGCUUUUACAUGGAUCACAGCCAUGAUGCCUUUGGAUGCAUGGCUGAAAUUCUGGGGGAAAACUUCAACUUUAAAAAAGGACCAACUGAGAAAACCCGAAAAAACGCUGUGCACAUGUGGAGGGUGAUGAAAGGUCUAGAUAGACUCAAUUAUAAAUGUUGUCCAUUUUCACAUUUCACUAGAAGGUUGAACAAGUACAGCUCACUGCUGUGGGAUGUGGUUCCCUCCAUCCCAGCAGAGCUGCUGGGUUCUCUGCUGCACGAGGAGCUGGCUCACCAGAGAGACCGCAUGCUCUUCUCUGAAACUACCACAGGUGGCGCUCUGGAUUUUAUCCCCUCCUCUCAGAGUGGCUAUGGCUUCCUCCUUUACCCUGGAAACAUGGGACUCAGCCAAUUCAACUUACACAGAGUUGCGUUGCAGCACGACAGAGAGGGUCCCUCUGUUUUCAGCUGUAGCAGUAGUGGGUCCUUCAAGUUCCAGCUAAAAGGUCCCAUCAGACAGAUCAGCUCUGCCUCUCUACUCAAUACUUCUUGUGUUGCUGUGCGCUUGGAUCAUUUGUAUGGUGUUUGGCAGAUCAACGAAGGAAUUGAACCUCGUCUGAUGCAGGUGAUUGACACCCAAGACGUUGCUACCUGCGUCAGUGUCAGUCCUCAUGUUUUAGGUGAAGUUCUGGUGGCCAGUGAGAGUGGAUGUGUUAAUCUGUGGACCGUUGGCAGAGGCAUUCAGAAGGUCCAUGGAGAAGAAGCCAACAUUCACUUUAACGCUAAUUCCUUGUGGAGAUGGUGUGACUUCUCGGCUCAUCCCAGGGUGAUGCUGUACGCUGACAGGACAGGGGUGGAGUUAAGUGACAUCAGGACGAGUACAGUCUCUAACAGUACUCUGUUCAGCAUCAGCAAAAUAUCAGAGUGUCGCAGAGGAGAGCGCCUCCUGCUGACUCGAUACCUGAGAGAUGCUCACACCUUUCACCAUCUGAUCCUCACACAGUUUUCUGCAUACAUCAUGGAUGAGCGAUUACCUUCUGUUCCCAUGCUGAAGUGGGAUCACAUGAUGGAGUCCCCACCGCUGUUCUGUCACAUCCUUCCUAACUCCAACUCCUCAGGUUUGACAGCUGGAGUGGCUCCAACCACUAAAAUCGUGUUGGGCUCAAGCACUUCUCAGGAAAUCUGCUUGCUGCAGUACUCAGGAGGCAGAACUGAAGCCUGUGUCAGUCGUGGUCCUACUCAGGCUCUGCUCAGACCCAAAGACAGUCUGAAGCUGCUUCCUGUUCAGAUUCCACACCGUUUGGACAUCGCCACCAACAGGCUGUCUUCACCUGCUGCAGGUCUGACUUGUGUCCAGAAGAGAGCAGGAGAAGAGGAUGGUGCAGAUGAGUGUAUCUGUGUUUUACAGCUGACAGAGGCUGGAGAUGUUUUCUACCAAAUCCUAGAGCCACAGGGACCAAACACUCAGUCACAGCCUCCAGCAGCAGAGUUGGAACCACUGCCUCGACCUACAGAACCAGCACCAACUGUUCUCAAUUCUGAGACUCUUAUAGGAAACACGUCCAGUGAGGAGGACGUGAUUGGACCCACACAGGAUUUCACUGGGCCAGGGUUUGUGGAUGAAAGUCCAGAGAGGUUCUCUGAUUCUGAAGACUCAGAAAACGGACGUAAAACUCGGAAGCUGAAGCUGCUGAAACUGCAGGUCCUUGUCAAUGAGGAUCCAGAGUCGGACAGAGAGAGUGAAUCUGAUGUUGGAGAGAAAAAGAAGGUUCCUCAGGAACGCAGCACGAUGGAGAAAAUGUUCUGCAAUCCCAGUCCCUCAAUCAGUCCCUGGGAGAAGAAGACUCCAGUAAAACUCAGUGAGAACGCCCGAAUCACAUGGAAACAUUGGCACCAAAAACUGAUGCGAAAGACCCGUGGAAAGAAACCUCGUCAACGAAAUUCAAACUUUGCCACUGUUGACAUCAAAGAGCUCCUGCAGCUGCCCAAUCAUGAUGAAGCAAGACCUUUGACAGAAGAGGAGGAGCAGGUCCAACGUCUGAGGAGAGAUAUGAGAACGUGCAUGUCCCAACGCUCACUCUUGCUUCAAAGCACUGCAUCUUCCUUAAUCCCAGAGCCAGAGAUUGUACCUGUUCCCGGAGCAGUGAACACAGACGAGUGGCAGGACCCACUCAGUCAGCGUCUCACUGCCUCGUGGCAGGGUGGGGAAGAAGCAUGGAAGGCAUGGUGGGACAAUUAUCUGGGUGUUAACAGGGAGGAGAAGAUAAAGGCUCUGAAGAGGAAGAGGAAGAAGGAGAAAGAGGCCAGGAGAGUGGCCGAUGGAGGCCUGUGUCUGUCCAGCAGCUUCACCUCCUCCGUGACCUACCAGUCAGAUCUGGAUGACUUCUCUGAUGGAACAUGGUGGUCUGGUGCCAGCCAGGGGGCGUGGUCUGAUAGUGAGGGUGUGGCCUCGUCAUCUGUGGCAGACUGUAGUUUGUCUGAGAGGACAACUGGAGCACCCACAGUCACAAGUGACUCCCCGUGUCCUUCAUCAUCUAUAAUGCCUGCUAAUAGGAAGCACAGUAACCAGCAAAGGACGCCAGUGAAGGAUGCCACCCUGCCCAAGAAUAAUAGCAGGAUACCUACAGCAGAGGGCGAUCUUGGUGCUGCAAACACAACACAGCACAAACUUUCACACUUCAACAUCCUGGAAGAUCAAGAAUACGUUACACCAACACCACCUUCUGUUCCUCUGAGGAACAUGCCAAUGGAUCUGUCGGACUGGUCAGGAUCCCGCUCACAGUCUCAGUCUCUUUCCCAGAAUCCACUUGAUCCACCAGAGCUUUUGUCAUCACAAUCUUUGUUCCAGUCCCAAGAUUCACUGGAAGGACUUGGGUUGACUCAAUCGUCGCAGUUUUUGUUUCCCUGCCUGAGCUCACAGGGUUCAAUCCAGUUGUCACAAUCUUUGUCCCAAUCCCAGAGUUCUCAGGGUCGACCUGGGUUGUCUCAGUCAUCACAGGCCAAGAAGAAAAAAUUUCGAAUGGGAUUUUGACUGAAACUGGGAAAGACAACAUUUUGGAAUUUUCUCUCAGGAAUGUUUUUUUGUGCUUUCACUUUUUGGACUGACACUGAUUUGAAUCAUGUGGAUUGCACCAAAGACAAGUCAUCGUCGACAUGGAGGAAGAGCCUGAGGACGUCCUAUGAAGACUUGGUGUGGUAGGACUGAGAAGCAUUUCUUACCUUGUGUGUGUGCGUGUGUGUGUGUGUUAGAGAGGUGUAUGACAUCAUCACAUUUUCCCCCAGACUGAUUCACUGUGUACAAGAAAUCAUAAACGUCCAAAAUGAUUUCAUUAUCAGCGUCUUAGAAAUGCAUAUAUUUAUAUAUACAUUUUUUUAAAUGUAUAAUGUGAUCUUAAAAUAACCAGUUUACGUUAACCUGAGGAUCAGAAAUACUGAGCUGUAGGUAUCUGACUAAAAACUAGUUCUGGUUCUGUUCAAAAGUCUGUUUCUGUUAUAAAUUCUUGGAAGUUUCGUAAAAACAUGAAGAGAUAAGUGAGAUAACAUGUUAAAUAAGACGUAAAGCCCAAUCCUGUUUACUAACAAAGAAAAAUUCAACAGCUGCAUAGAAACUAGAGCUGGUUGUUGUUGAGUUCUUUGGUUCUGAUCCACAGAAAAGUCUAGAUGACCUUUAAUUGUCUCUGCUGAACACUUUUGAACAGAAACAUCUGCUCUUUCUUUCUUGUUUUUGGCCCCAGUGCUAACCAGUUUACCUUCUCUGUUUUUUUUCUCUGCUACUACAUUCAUUGUACUCCUCCUCCGACCAGGAAGGAUGUGUGGUGUUAGCUGUACUUAGCCCAUAUGCUAACGUUUCUGGAGUAUGGUCCGUUCAUGGGUGUCUAGAGGUACAAACCUUGCUGUAUUUAAUCCUCAGUUUUCAAUCAGGUGAUUUGAAUAAUAAAAAGGACCAAUCUUUGGUGAUUGCACGCAGGAUGAUAAACCUUUGACUUGACAGAAUGCAGGGCCAGAUGUCCUGACAGUUUGUGCUGGAAAAUAUGAAUCAGGUCUUUGUUUCUUUGACUUUGUCAAGAGACUUGUUCAAGUGAUUUAUUGUGAAGGUGUAAUGUUUUUUAGUCAAAUAAAGAAAAGUUAAACACAA